AUGUCGUCUUUCGUCAAGGCCCUCGAUACUCUUCAGCGCACGUACAGCAAACAGGGAGAUGAAGACACACUAAAUACAGCAAUGCGAAGGGCCCUUCGUCAACAUGCAGCGGCUGAGCGACUUGAAUUUCGUCAAGAUAACGUGGGCAAUGUGUACAUUAAUAAACAAGGAAGAGACAGCGAUCUAGGAGGGGUUGCACUCGCGUUCCCACUCGACGAGCACAAGUCUCCGCAACUGUUUGUUGGCGCAUUUACGGUAUUCAGCCAGCUAGCAAGCCAGGAUCUACUCUGUGGACUAACAUUUAUGGGCUGCACUUCGUCGAAAGAAGGACCCAUCGGCUUGGAAAUGUGGGCGGCAUCGACUGGUGCCUCGGCGAAGUCUGCAUCGCCAUCGCCACAGUUGGGCUUGCUGAAGCAGUUUUCCAACCUCCCAAACCCGUCAGAUUUCAUCUUCUCUGCCGUAUUUCAGGUUUUCGACACGACCUCGGAAGCAUUGAAGCUGGAUGGUAGUUUCAUUCUGAUAACGCAGGCACAGAAGGCCUCUCCAGAUCUUAGUGAUGUUACGACGCAUGUACGGGAUUUCCUUAGAGCUCCACGUCUACUGAUUGAUGGUUGCAAUGCAGAAAAAAUUGCAACGGAGAGCAUUCGCGGGUAUAGCGAGUACAUAGCUGCACUGUUUGAUAACUUUGACUAA